AAGAUAAUCAGGUAUGACGCCCCUUGCGUCCUAGGUCACAAUUUAUGCAGCUUCACCACGGAUAACUCAUCAAAGAUCAGAUUCACACUGUAGCUAAUCCUACACCGUAAAGUGCCGUAGUAAUUUUAUAUAAAUAAUUUCGUAUCCAAUAGAGAGAAAUGGCGAGUAUUCCUGAGAUCAGAAUGUCGCUAGACCCAAUGACCACACCAUCAGGUGAGCACCAGCACCAUCAUCACCAUCACCACCAUCACCUGACCAGGUUGACGGGCAAAGGGUCAGAGGCUACAGGGAAACGUGUUCUUGUUGGCGUGGACGGAAGUGACCAUUCCAACUACGCUUGUCAAUGGUACUUCAGUCACCUGUGGAGCAGCGAGGACUACGUUGUACUCCUCAAUUGUCCAGACUUGCAGGAAGAAGUCAAGAACCACUGGAGCGGAGGUGUCAAGUACGUGUUUGAUAGAGAACUAGUUGACCAGAAACUGAGAGAAGGGGAGGAACAGGUGCAUGGCAAGUUGGAACAGUUUAAAGACAUUUUACUCCAGCACUCAGCUCAUGGAAAAGUUCGUGCUGUGUCGGCUAAAAAUCCAGGAGACGCCAUCUUGAAAACAGCGGAUGAAGAAAAGUGUGACUUGAUUGUGAUUGGCUGUAAAGGAAGAAGCGCCUUCAGACGUACGUUGCUAGGCACCAUCAGUGAUCACGUGGUCCAUCAUGCUAACGUUCCGGUUGUAGUUUGCCGUAACAAAAUGUUACGAAGAAAGUCCAGCGCCAUUGUUCCGCCUAACCCAGAGGAACUCCAGGUCUCCGGCAAAUAGAAAAAAGAACAGUAAACGUCAUCCUGAGUCCCAUUCACCACUAUAUCCAAGUCCAUAUGGAAUCCAAAAUUGGGAUGAAUAAAAUAACUCUGUAGAACAGUU